AGUCUCCCAGCCAAGCUCAUCAAUGGUGGUAUUGCUGGUGUUGUUGGUGUCACUUGUGUGUUCCCCAUUGACCUGGCUAAGACUCGACUACAGAACCAGAGACAAGGUCAACAGGUCUACAAGAACAUGAUGGAUUGUCUGGUCAAAACAGUGCGAUCAGAGGGGUACUUUGGCAUGUACAGAGGUAAGAUUCAUCCUACAUUGAGUGUUUCACCAUGUGGCUUAUGCUAACAACAAAUGAUUAUGGACUUUGAGCUAUAGUAGCCUAUGGCUUCUUCUACUUUGACAUUUAAGCUGUGCUUAAAUCCACUUGCCUGUGGUUCAUGACAGCAGAACUGGUUAACUGGUUUUAUGCUGUUCUACAGUAGAAUAAAAAAUUCACAAUGGUUGGAUCUAUGUAGAGUUUGCAUGCAUCUAUGUAGACAUACAAACCACAAUGUCCACAAUUGUACAGUGGUUACUAUUAAUUUGCUGCACUUAAUUACCAGUUAAAUUGUAGACUUUUUAUUAUCACCUACAAAACACACAAACCCUAUUGGAGCAUUUUUUAUUUUUAUUUAUUUAUUUAUUUUUUUAUUUUAUUUUUUUUUUACUACAUGGUAGUUCUGAAAUGAACUGAACUUGAGGUAGCAGAUCUUUGAGCAUAACAGCCCAUGUUUGUAUUGGGUUGUUGCUUGAUGUGAGGAAUGCUGUUUGUUUGCAUCUGUGUUUUUUCAUGUUACAGACAUGGGUCCCCCCUGGGAUAGUGAAGGCUAGCCGAUUAAGGCGCAGCCACGCUGGAGGUGCUGCAGUGAAUCUUGCUCUUGUCACACCUGAAAAGGCCAUCAAGCUGGCAGCCAAUGACUUCUUUCGUCACCACCUUGCCAAGGAUGGGAAGGGGUUGUCAGUGUUUAAAGAAAUGUUAGCAGGUUGUGGUGCAGGCAUGUGCCAAGUCAUCAUUACUACUCCUAUGGAGAUGCUGAAAAUUCAGCUGCAAGAUGCUGGAAGACUAGCUGCUCAGCAGAGAAUGCCUGGUAUCCUGGCUCCCAAUAAGCUGGCUCAGACCAGCACUGUGCUGAGCCGCUCCUAUAAUGUAGUGCCAAGCUCUGCUGCCCAAACUAUCUCUGCAACGCAGAUCGCCAAAGAGCUGCUAUACACAGAGGGCAUCCAAGGUCUAUACAAAGGGCUAGGAGCAACACUUAUGAGAGAUGUGCCCUUCUCCAUUGUCUACUUUCCUCUUUUUGCUAACAUUAACCGUUUGGGUAAGCGUUCUGAAGAUGAUGUGGCGCCAUUCUAUUGGUCGUUCAUGGCUGGCUGUGUAGCUGGUUCAACUGCUGCAGUGGCAGUUAGCCCAUGUGAUGUGGUAAAAACCAGGCUUCAGUCCUUGAGCAAAGGUGCAAAUGAGGAGACCUACAAUGGAGUUCUGGACUGUGUGAGCAAGAUCAUGAAGAAAGAAGGACCAUCUGCUUUCCUGAAGGGGGCAAGCUGCAGGGCACUUGUCAUUGCACCUCUUUUUGGAAUUGCUCAAGUUAUGUAUUUUGUUGGAGUUGGUGAAUUCAUUCUGGGCCAAAGAGCAUUUAACCUCCUGUCUCCUUAAGCAAGUCUCCAGAACUGCCUCAGAUGAACCUGUGCUGGGGACAUGAGUCACACACAUUCAUAUAAAGACUAGAUUUAGAUCGACACGUGUGCUGUCGAUUGUUUCCUUAGCCAGUUCCUGGCCUUACUGCACUUCCUGUCUGGUUUGCUCACUCAUUUGAGUGGCUGUGGCCAGAUUUUACACUUGAUGGUAAGGGCUUUUGCAGGAGGUGUGCAUGAGAUGGUGCUCUACAUCCUUCUAGAAGGAUCUGUAAACAUUUUCCCCUCAGUGAGGGAGGAUGGUGUCACUAUGGAGGCACUAUAAUCAAAAUGACCCCCCCCCCUUUUUUUUUGUAGUGUCUGUUUUGUCAGUCAUGUAUUUCUGUGUUUGCUGGAUUACUCAAUGUGUCAUUGUACUGAUGAAGUCCAAUAUUUUUAAUUAUUUUACAAGCUAGCUACAACAGUUCUGUGUGGGUUUUUUUUUUUUUUUUUUGUCCUCCAUUCCACUGAAAUGUUUUUGAACUACAUGAGAUUGUGGGCACAAGGCGAUUUGGUGGCCCCAGGCCAGUAAAUAGUUAAUUUUUUGAAGUCUGUACUGAGUUUUGUGGACCAGUUAGUCAGUUUCCAAGAGUAAUGUUGAUCUACCAUAAUAAUGGUAAAUAUUUCAUCACAUGUGAAGUAAAAGAAACAAAACCUCUCCUUGGUUCCUAGAAGUUCAGGGUAACAUCCUCUGGAUUUCUCUGAGUAAAAUGAAUUACUGACUGACUAGAAUCUAUGUAACUGCAGUGAGAAAAUAGUAUAUCUAGAAUGUCAUCUAUCAAAAAUGUGAAGGUCAUAACAUGUCUGUGUGGUUUACUAGAUGAACAGUUGUGCUUAAUACUAAAAAAUGGCCCAGAUGCCUAGUUACUUUUUAGUAUGAACUGCAUCUAGCUUGUAAACAUUAAGGUUAUUAAACAUAGUACUCGGUGUUUUUUGUAUUGGUUGUUACUAAUCAGCAUAAACCAUGACAUUGUUCGUGCGGUGAAACUUUUGAAAUGAUAGCACUUAAAAAAAAAAAAAAAAAAAAGUGUUGGUUCAUUUUGUACUGUGAUAUUUGCAAAACAGACUUUAAAAUAAACUUGAACAUGUAGCUACAA